AUGCCAGCGGCCAUAUCGUCGCCCUGGUUUUGGCGCUCCAGCGCGCGGGAAAGGUUCACGCGCGCGGGGGAAAAUCGGCCUAGCGCGCGAUGGUUUUGGCGCUCCAGCGCGCGGGAAAGGUCCGCGCGCUUGUUUUGGCGCGCCGCGGCCGGCUCCCUGCACACUCUGUUCGCCGCCCACUCGUCUCGCCCCCUCUCACUAGUCUCGCCGCCUCUACACCACCAUGUCGAUGCGCACCUGGGCGCUUCGGAUUUUCGCGUAGUCCGCGAGCGCCGCUCCGGCGCCUUCUCCUCCGAGAUCUGGUUUGGCGAGAAACGCCUCAUCGUCGGCACCUUCGACACCGCAGAGGAGGCGGCCCGCGCGCACGACCCGACGGCGUGGCGCCUCCUGAGGCCUUGUCGGGAGAUGAAUUUUCCUGACGUGUCGAGCCAGCGGGCGCAGGAUCUCACGCCUCUGCCGCGGCUUUUCACCGAGGAGGAUCGUUGUGUCCACCGGAGGCGGCAGCGUCGCCUCGCCAUCGCCGAGAUGGACGUGGAAGCCAUGGUGGUGUGGCGCGAAUGCUUCCCGUAG